GAAACAGUCUCACUGGCUCACCACCUGCUCCUGCCCACUUUUAACUCGUGACUCGAUAAUUCCCGGCGGCGAAUAGGAAACCCGAAACCACCGCUGGCGGGCGGCGGAGUGAAGACCUUCGCAGAUGCAAUCCACCGUGCCGACAAUAUGCACCCCCGUUUCUCCGCCGGCAAUAAAUUGCGCUUUACUCAGAUCGUUGAGGAUUGUCAAUUUUAGAACUCGUGUCGCUUUUAACGGCGAUAACCAGAAGAAACGACGCAGUCUGUCUAUUUCUAGAAGAUGGUCGCGGCGAUUGCAUUUGCAUCAAAAUUUCAUUUCUAGUACAACUGCCGCCGCUGGCGGCGGCGGCGGCGGUUCAGUGUCAGAGUUGAACGGCGACGUCAGGAAACUACUGCAGGUUAUUCUGUGGAUAGCUGAGGCUGUUUACAUCGUGUGGCUCUUCUUACUUCCCUAUGCUCCUGGGGAUCCUGUUUGGGCCAUCAGUUCAGACACAAUCAAUUCUGUGAUAGGACUUUCUCUUAACUUCUUCUUCAUUCUGCCUUUGACAAACUUUGUCGGUAUUCAUCUCAUGGAGGCACCAGUUCUCCAUCCAAUGUCUGAAGGAUUAUUCAACUUUGUUGUUGCGUGGACGUUGAUGUUUGCUCCUCUGCUGUACACUGAUAAGCUGAGAGACAGAUUCAAGGGAUCAAUUGAUGUAUUAUGGGGCUUUCAGAUGUUUCUCACAAACACGUUCUUAAUUCCUUAUAUGGCUCUACGUCUGAAUGAGGCUGAGGAAGAAUACACUCCAAGAGAGACCUCUCAACUUGGUUCACUCAUGACAAAUGGAGCAUCCAUCGUUGGACUCAUUGGUGGGCUUGUAAGUUUGCUGUCGAUAGUUUGGGCCUUUUAUGGUCGAGGAGAUGGUAAUUUUGGUGAUUUGGGAGAAAGAUGGGAGUUUCUACUAAGUUAUCUUGGAUCCGAAAGACUCGCCUAUGCCUUCAUCUGGGAUAUCUGCUUGUACCUAGUUUUCCAGCCAUGGUUGAUAGGUGACAACCUCCAAAACAUACGACAAGACAAAAUUGAUUCAGUUAAUCUUCUCAGAUUCGUCCCAGUGGUUGGCCUAGUCGCGUACUGUCUCUGUUUAGACAGCGGCAAAGAGACAUAGCCUAUAGCUACUAUAUAAUGUAGUGUAGUGGACUCUCUUUUAUUUUUUCUUGGCCAUACUGCAUUUGUUACUAAUGCUUCAAUUAUUGAACAGAUUGUGAAACUUCAUUCUUGAAGGUGUGUAAUGAAAAGGGGCAUUUGUAUUGA